UACACUAUCAAUAUGGAUCAAACCAAUGACGACGAGUCACUGCCCGAGUCCGAGUCCGAGUCCGGCUGGGCCGAGUUGACCCGCGAGUGCCUCGCCGACAUCAUUGCCCGCCUCUCCUUGGAGCACCGAUGGCGUGCCAUGCUCGUCUGCCGAUCAUGGCUACUCGCCUGCAGGGACCCGCGUCUCAACUCGGCCUUCGUCCUCCAGCCCGAGUCCGAGCCCAAGUCGGCUCGGUGGUGGCCCCCCGAGUUAGGGAGAAAGGUUGAUUCCAUUCUCCGAUCUGUUGCCGAAUGGAGCGAGGGGUCGCUCAGGGAGAUUCGCACCAGGAACUGUUCUAAUGCGUCUCUCUCCUUCGUCGCCCAAAGGUGCCCAAACCUUGAGGUUCUUUCGGUCAGGAGCUCCCCGAAUGUGACUGAUGCAUCCAUGGCCGACAUAGCGUUUCGGUGCCACAUGAUUAAGGAGCUUGACAUCAGCUAUUGCCAUGAAAUAUCUGACGAAUCUUUGUUGUUGAUUGGGAGGAAUUGCCCUAAUCUAACAAUUGUUAAACGGAAUGCAUUUAAUUCGCUGGAUCCUUCUGAGCACACUGGGAUUGUUCCUGAUGAGUAUAUGAAAACUUGCCCUCAAGAUGGAAAUUCGGAAGCUGAUGCAAUUGGGAAAUCUAUGCCGAAUCUGAAGCACCUUGAACUAAGGUUCUCCAAGUUAACGGCUAAAGGCCUAGGUUUGAUAUCUGCAGGGUGUCUGAAACUUGAGUACUUGGAUGUGUUUGGGUGUGUAAACUUGACUAGUCGUGAUAUCGACAAUGCAACAUCCGAGCUGAAGAACUUGAAGGAAAUUAAAAAGCCAAAUUUCUACAUCCCUAGGUCAGUUUUCCAUACAGAGAGGUAUGGACACUGGAGGCUGUAUGAUGAGAGAUUUCAAACAGAUGUUUUCAGAAUCUAAUCAGCUAACUAAGCUUGGAACCAAAACAUCUAUGGGGCUGCAGCAUCUAUAUGCAUUGCGUUGCAGCGUCGUAUUUCAAACCUUGCUCUAUACUAGUAAUACUACUAUAAUUCAGCUGUGUUGUAUCUAUAUAUGCCGUGUAUCAACAGUACAUGUAUAUUGGUGAAGACAUUAAACCAUGUAUCUGUUUUCUUUUAGGACAUAAUCUCUUAUACUGCCUACUUCUUUUAACUUGUUUGUGCUUUUCUUCCUAUCUGGAAGAAUAAAUGAUUUGAUAAUUAUGUAAUCCGUGACAUAAAUUACGAUUGCUGGACAUGGAAUAGUUUGAUAUGAUGCAGUCAUCCUUGUUUGUGUUUCGUCAAGGAUAUAUUUGUAUGCAUAUCUAACAGAACACAAUUACAUCUGAUCUUGUGAUUAAUGUUGCACAUACAAUUAUGAUUUCGGGCAAUUGGUUCCGUUUAGGAACUAGAUAUCACACUAAUCGUUUAGUCUUUUACCUUCCUAUCC